AAAGCAGCUGCUGCUAGGAGUCAAGACCCUGUAGGCAGCGCCACUGGUAUUGCUGCUGCUUCAGGCAAACUGACCAGCACCGUGUCAGGCCUUGGCCCCUCCCCGGGAGCGAGUGCUCUGGCUUUCCCACACUCCAGCAGCUUGGGCGUGUUCAUGCGCAGAGGAAUUAAGGAUCUGCACAUUUCCCCCUUCUGCUGCCCAGUUAUCUCAGUGCCUGUCAAUUGGUAUCUGCGUGUAUUAUCCUGUCUGUAAAACAAAUCAAAAUUCAUUAGAGAAACUAAAUUUCCAAGGCGGGUUGUGUUACAGUCUGGACCGUCAUAAACUCAAGUCAAUUCUUGCUAUUAAGUUCUGGCAGGUUGAUUGUAUAAGUGAUUGAUCAUCUUCUGAAGUAAUAAACUAGCGAUGAAUCAACAUGCAGAGAUACAGUAGGCAUGGUGAAGGAGAUAGCGGCAUUAGCAAUUGAUCUGUGGUCAAUUUUUCACGUGUCUGAGGGGACAUGAAGCACAUUGGAUUAUGCAUAAUUUGGCUUUGGAUGGCAAUUCUCUUCCUCCUUCCUGUUUCAACUUACAUGGCAGCCACUGAUAAGACAGUUACAGUGUGUCCUAUAAUGAGACCAAGUGGACAUCAGCUUAGACAUAUCUAUAAAGAAAAUCUUGAUGUUUCAGGUUUUGAUCUAGCAGAAAGCUUUUCUCUGAGACAGGCAUCUUGUGGAGGUGAAAAAACCUGUUUUAAACUGGGAAGCACACCUCUUAUCAGAGACACUCGGCAAGUAUUUCCAAAUGGGCUUCCUGAAGAAUACUCUUUAAUAGCCACAUUCCGUGUAAGACGAAACACCAGAAAGGAACGGUGGCAUAUAUGGCAAAUUUUAAAUCAGUAUGACACCCCACAGGUGUCUGUCAUUGUUGAUGGUUCAAAAAAAGUUGUGGAAUACAUAGCCAAAUCUGCUCAGGGAAAUGUGCUACACCACACCUUUAAAAAUCGGGAAAUUUAUCCUCUCUUUGAUCGGCAGUGGCAUAAGGUUGCCGUUAGUAUACAGUCAAGGAUUGUCUCGCUCUAUGUGGAUUGUAACUUAAUUGAGAGAUGGCAGACUGAUCUAAAAGACUCUAUUGACUUUCAAGGACAGACUUUCAUUGCUGCUCGAGCUGCAGAUGACAAGCCUGUAGAUAUUGAACUUCGCCGCAUAACAAUUUAUUGUAACCCAAAAUUUGCAGCUCAAGAGACCUGUUGUGAAAUAUCUGAGGGCAUGUGCCCACUGGAGGAGAGUUUCAUUACUACUUCUUCGUCACCAGUGACUGUUCGUGUCAACAAAAUACAUGCUCUUCCAGUAACACAGCAGGAGUCUAAAGACCAAUGCCUCUGCUUUCCAAACAAAGGUGAAGCAGGAUUGCCAGGAGUAGCUGGUUUGCCAGGUCAGAAAGGAGAUAAAGGAGAAAAGGGUGAAGUUGGUGUUAAAGGAGAAAAUGGUGUUUCUGGGCUUCCUGGGGAAAAGGGGGAAGAUGGCUUAGUAGGUGUUCCUGGCCUUCCUGGUUCCAAGGGAGAACGUGGCUUUGAGGGUAAUAAAGGAGAAGAAGGUGAAAAGGGUGAGAAGGGAGAUCAAGGAGAACCAGGACCUGAAGGCAUGCAUGGAAAAGAUGGCUUAAAAGGUGAUCCUGGUGAUCCUGGUCUGGCUGGUCCUAAGGGAGAAAAGGGAGAUGAAGGGCCUCCAGGACAAGCUGCUUUACAGGGUUUGCCAGGGGUAGAAGGUCCUCCAGGUCCACCAGGGAAAGAAGGUCAGAGGGGAAGGCGAGGUAAACCAGGACUCCCUGGUAAACCAGGAUCACCAGGACCUCCGAAAAGUCAGCGUUGUGGGACUCAAUCAGGUCACAGGCAUUGGAAGAGUGAUGCAGGACAACUAGGAUUACCUGAGGCUGCUGGACAUAAAGGACAAAAGGGAGAAAUUGGCCGGCAAGGAGAAAUGGGCUUAACUGGUGCAAAAGGUGAAAAGGGAGAGUCUUCUGAAAAAGGAGAAAAGGGGGAUCCAGGGGAAAUUGGAAUGAAAGGAUCACAAGGAAUUAAGGGUGAAACAGGAGAUCGUGGUCCUCCUGGACUCACUGGAAAUCCAGGACCAGAGGGACUGCAAGGUCCUCCAGGACCCAUUGGACCCAGAGGACAUCCAGGAGAAGUCGGUUUACCAGGAGAGCCUGGGAUACCAGGAAAACCAGGAAUUAAAGGAGAAAAGGGUGAUUCUGGUGGAAUUACAGGGCCUCCUGGACAUCCAGGUCCAAAAGGUGAGACAGGACCCCCUGGGCCAAGUCUGCCUGGGAAACCAGGUCUGGCUGGCACUCCUGGAACCCCAGGUCCACGAGGGCCUAAGGGUGAAAGAGGAAUGCCUGGCGUACAAGGGUCCCCUGGAGAGAUGGGGCCACUCGGAAUAGGAAUUCAAGGACCCCCUGGUCCUAAAGGUCCAUUUGGGGAACCAGGUGCACAGGGCCCUAGAGGACCCCCUGGAUUACCUGGAAUUCCAGGUACCCCAGGUGCUGAUGGUGCUCCGGGACCAGAUGGGAAGCCAGGACUUCCUGGUCCUCCAGGUGACCCAAUUGCACUUCCACUUUUGGGAGACAUGGGUGCUUCAUUGAAGGGUGAUACUGGGCCAAGAGGUCCUCCAGGAGUCCCUGGCAGGGAGGGGCCAAAGGGAAGCAAAGGUGAACGUGGAGUUCCUGGACUCUCUGGAGAGAAAGGUGAUGAGGGUCUUCAAGGUAUUCCAGGACUCCCUGGUCUAACAGGACCUAGUGGACCUUCUGGAGCAGUAGGAAGACCUGGACAUCCCGGUCCAGUUGGGGCAAAAGGUGAAAAGGGUAAUGAGGGUUCUCCUGGAAAGCCUGGAUCACCUGGACCUCCAGGUAUGCCAUACAAUGAAAGGAAUGGAAUGAGCAGCUUAUAUAAGCUACAGGGAGGUGUAAGCGUUGCUACUUAUCCCGGUCCGCCGGGCCCUCCUGGUCCAAAAGGUGAUCCUGGCACAAUGGGAGAACCAGGUCCAAUGGGACUACCUGGACUAGAGGGAUUUCCAGGAGAAAAGGGAGAUCAGGGACCUGUUGGUUCACCAGGAGCACCAGGGUUACCAGGAAAGACUGGAUCUCCAGGACCACCGGGAAUGCCAGGGGAACCAGGUGAAAGAGGCCCUGUAGGAGACAUUGGCUUUCCGGGGCCAGAAGGGCAAUCUGGAAUACCAGGAAUAAAUGGAAAAGAUGGAUUGCCAGGACCUCAGGGUCUGAUGGGAAGAGCAGGUGACAGAGGUCCCAAAGGAGAACGUGGAGAUCAAGGUAUUCCAGGGGACAGAGGUCCACAAGGUGAAAGAGGAAAACCUGGCCUUCCAGGAGAAAAGGGGGGUAUAGGACCUUCUGGACCACCAGGAGACAGGGGCUAUCCAGGAUCACCAGGUCAUCAGGGUUCCCCAGGUUCCCCAGGUCCUCCAGGUUUUCCGGCUGACACAGUUUCAUUUGAAGAAAUGAAAAAAUACAUCAAACAAGAGGUUCUUAGAGUUUUUGAAGAGAGGAUGGCUCAGUUUGUAUCCCAACUGAAGCUUCCAGCUGCAAUGUUAGCUUCCCACGGUCAUGGGAAACCAGGACCACCAGGAAAAGAUGGAUUACCAGGGCCACCAGGAGAACCUGGACCUCAAGGUUACAGAGGACAGAAGGGGGAAAGAGGAGAGCCUGGUAUUGGACUCCCAGGUAAUCCUGGUCCACCUGGCCCUUCAGCCACUGGUGUGCCAGGCCUCCCAGGCACUCCAGGAUCACCAGGUCCCCAGGGGCCUCCAGGGCCGAGCGGAAGGUGCAACCCAGCAGAUUGUUACUAUCACGUAUCUCAGGCUCGACAGCGUGCCAGUGGGAAAUAAACAUCCCUCC